AUCAACGAAACCCUCAUGAUGGGCAAUUUUCUUCAAGACACCAUCGAGAAAACGUUUAAGGAGAAGCGAGCGACGGAACUGUACGAGGCCGCCGACAAACUGAAUCUGGAUACCUCUCGGUGCGACCAAAAGAUCAAUCCCGUCAUGGAGAAAUUUUCCGCGUACCACAAAGACCUCGAGUAUUGCACGCAGAACACCGAGCCUCGCUACAACUUCAUCAAUGACGCGCAAGAGGCCAUCGACAAGCUUCAAAAUGCCUCGCUCGUCAUCGAAGGUUACGCGAACAAGGCCAGAAAAUGCGUCGAGGAUGCCACCCUUUGGUCGUCCGUCUCCGCCGCCAAGUGCUUAGCCGAGUCCAUACUUGCUGCUGAAUUGAAAUGGCUCGAGACCCCUGGAUACGUGGACUUGAUAAAAUUUUAUGAUCGAUACAAGAAAUUGGGCGAUAAGAUCGAGGACUGCAUUUUUCUAAGAAGAUACAUGAUUAUAAAAGGCGAGGCCGAAAAAACGAGGGAAGAAGUGAACGACUGUCUUUUUGAAUUGGUAGAAGCCAGCGAAAAGAAAGAAAAUCAAUCAAGUGGAAAUUAG